AUGGAAGACAACAAUGAUAUUGGAACCUCAAACUUGACAUUGAUGGAAAUCGUCAACACUAAUAUCACAGAGAGAAUGGGGAAAAAGAAUUCCUUCAGCGCUCCAGCACGUUGUCUCCACGCUAGGUUUUAUAUUACUGGAGUUGUGGCUAUCAGUGCAAAGGAACUGGUAAACAUGGAUAUGAUAAUCGACCAUAUAUUAUCGGCUGUUAAUAAGAGUGACACGGUUUAUGACACUGUAAGCCCCCAGUGUUUAGAAGACACCGUACAGUUUGCAGUUGAACACGAGUCCGCCUCUUACGCACGUCAGAGUUUUAAAGAUCUGCUAGAUAAAGUACCAAUAUCGUACGUUAUGUGUGCCAGAGAAUACCACAUAAGACCUGGCGAUGUUCCAGCCAUAUUUAUAUGUGUAGUUCUCGUUGCUGUGAUAAUUGCUGGCACUGUCUACGAUGCACUGAAACGUCGGAAACAACGACAGACUCUUGAGAUGAACACAUCGGAACAAGCGACUUGUACACCUGAAAACCAGUCAACUAAUGCGGAUGAUGCUGUUAUAUCGCCAUCCAAUGCAGAACUGAACAUUGAAUCAAGAGAAAUGCCCAAGAAAUGUGGAAGCAAGUGCAAAGAAUUUGUACAGGGAUGCUUGCUUUCUUUCUCGUUAUGUGUUAAUAUAUGCAAGAUGAUGGGUACGGUACAUGGAAAGAGUAGUAUUACUUGUCUCAAUGGAAUACGUGUUCUCAGUAUGUUUUGGAUAAUUCUCUUCCAUUCGUACCUGUUUGUUGGUCAGUAUUAUCCUACAGUCGGCAACUUUCGUUACGCCACCGAGAUUGAUCAAGGUCGGACCGUUGUGCUUUGGAAAGGUGAUCUAGCAGUUGAAGCAUUUUUGGUUCUUAGUGGCUUGUUAGUGAGCUACCUGACGCUGAAUCAGUUGCAUCGACGUGGUGGUCCAAGGCAUCUCAACUGGUUGUUAUUCUAUUUCCAUCGAUACUGGAGGUUGACACCUGUCUACAUAUUUGUAAUGAUGUUGUACGCUACAUUAGUCAUAUACGUGUCCGACGGACCGCUUUGGUGGCAGUGGUACUACGUACAGGCCGAGUGUGCUGCUACUAUAUGGGAACACAUACUUUACCUUAAUAACUUUAUACCAUUCCCAGGUGACGUUGGAGGGUGUUUUGGAUGGUCGUGGUAUUUGGCAGUAGAUAUGCAGUUAUACUGGAUGAGUCCUAUUUUCAUCAUAGUGUUUUACAAGUCUCGUAAUGGUGGAAUAUGUCUGACUGCUUUGACAACUUGCUUUUGCAUAGCAUUAUCAGCAUAUUUUGCAACUGUACAAGGAAUGCCAUUCGGUGUCGACAGAGUAAAGUAUAGAUAUCCAAAACAUGAAGAAGGGGCGUGGCUGUACACAAAACCGUGGUAUCGUUUACCCAACUAUCUUGUUGGUAUAGUCUUGGGAUAUAUAUUAUUUAAACUCAAUGGUAAAAAGGUGCAAAUAAAUAAGUAUUUGAACAUUUUUAUAUGGUGCUGUGCCUUCGCCGUUGCUUUAUCUAUUGUAUAUGGUGUACUGACAUCCGUCGCUGGUAUCCGCAUAUCACAAGGGGCAGCAGUGCUGUAUAUAACGAUCCAUAGACUUGUGUUUUCGGUGUGCGUUGGUUGGGUGGUAUUUGCAUGCGCUACUGGGAAUGGAGGCCCAGUGAAUACAAUACUGUCAUGGCGUAUCUGGUUACCUCUAGCCAGAAUGAACUACUGUGCGUACCUGGUACAUUUAGUGGUGAUAUUUAUCUAUACCUUCAGUAUGAAAUCAUUGUAUUACUACUCUGAUUUGGGAUUCACUCUAGACUUUAUUGGGAUUCUGGUGGUUACAUAUAGUGUAUCCUUUGUUAUUGCAAUUGCUGUGGAACUUCCUAUGCUGGAGCUUGAAAAGGUGAUAAUACCAGCAAAAUAUCGGAAAGUACAGCCGAGUAAAAAUUGAUAUUCAGCUUAGCUCUUCAACUUGCAAGACUCCAUAAUCUAUUUGCAUAAUACCUGUAAACCAAAACUCAAGAAAGCACCACGCCCACAAAACUCGGUUCAUUGCUGGAUCAUCCAAUUAUUCAUCUAAGAAGUGGCUCAACACUUCAAUAUUUAUAGAUAUAUAUAUUUUACUAUCGAAGUAGAACUCUAGAAAUUUUGUGAUGUCAUUUUUUUCUAGCUAUAAGUGUAUAAAUCAAAUGUGGAUUUCGAAACACUUGAAGUAUGUAGUUAAUAGUUAAGGCGACCGAGAUACGAUAUAUAAAAAAUAGGGGCAAGUAAAACAAAAUAAAACACACACAAAUAUUAAAUUGGAGCCAAUACCUACAUCAACAUAGCAUGUCGUAACAUGUUCGAAUAUUUGACAUUGUGUCCUUUGACUCGCACAACAGUUUUAAUGAUUAUA